CCAUAGGGAAUUUAUAUCAAAUUCGGAUGGGUUUUGUGUUGUUUAUAAAAUCAAAAUUUGAUACAAUUUUGAUAAUCACAUCUGAUCGGGUAUGGGAAAUUCCAAACAAAAUUGAAGGGGUUUUUAUUUUUAAUUUAUUUUUUUCCAGAUUUUUUUUAUGUCGAAGAAACUUGUGUUUUAUUUUUAGAGUGCCCGAUUAAGCUUCUGCUAUAUAGAAUUCUGUUACUGCUUUCAUAAAGAACUAAGAGUUUUCGAGUCACAAGAAUUAGAAGAAACUGCCUGCACUAAAUACAUUUGCCAUUCUUAAAAAUCUUGAGUCGACUUUUGAACCGAGGCUCCGAGAACGUCAUAUACCAUUUGAAUCAGCAAGAUCCCAAAAUGCAUGCGUGUAUGUGACAAAAAUAUGCACUCACUUCUUUCCGAAAUGCCUGAACCGCUUUUCACAAACUCACUAUUGCAUCAAUUUUUUGUUAAAUUUCUUAUGGAUCCUGCUUCCGAUUCCGGAAUUACAGGGUUAUAAAAUAGUAACAAAGUUCCUCUUGUUCACAGGCAGUGCAGUAAAACUUCAUUCAAUCCAAUUGAAAUCGAAUGUGAAACACACUGAUGUUCUCUCUACUGCAGUAAACUUCACACUCAGACACACACAACGUUCGCUGACGUACCGAACCGGCAGCAUUCUGUUCUGCAAUCGAAUCAAAGGUCUUGUAAAUUGAUGACUACACAAACUCACAUCGGAUGAACCGGUAUCAAUUUUUGAAGAUUUUAUAUCAAAUAAAUUUCCAACAGGCGACGUCUUCAUCGUUGAUUUACUACACGCUAUUUGUUUCAAUAAAGAACCGAACCACAAGACUCGUAGUCACUCUUUUCUAUCUUUUUGAAUAUUGCAAUUUACUAUCACAGAACUAUAUCAGAUUCUCUCGAGAGUAAUAAAUUUGUCGCUCUUCUGUCUUGCUAAGAAGAUUGUACGACUGGAAUAAAAAAAGCAUUCAAUCGUCGUCUUGCGAUUCUCACCUAGGGAUACUAAACUGUCGCUAUUGUGUCGCAACACAGUUGGUAAAUAAGUCAAUGAUAUUGUUAAAACAAAGAUAGCCCGUGAUUGUUUCCCAUCGAGACAAUGUACAAAUAAGAGAAGAGACCUAUCAGUACUACCUACUCGUGAGAAUUACACUGACACAGAUCAAUGUCUAAUAGUAUACUGGUCGGUGCAGACGAGGAUGCAGCUGAACACAUUGUCUAAUGCAUUCAUGAUGCGUCCACUGGGAGCCGCUUCAUAUAAGGAUUUCUUCAGGAUGUGGAAUCGGUUGUGAUGAAACUAUGAUGACGGAAAAAAAACAAAACAUUGUCGGCGAAUAAAACCAACGAAUAACCUGACAGCAUUGAGACACUUCUGUAGACUUGUAGCUCAUAAAUCCGUGGAAGAAUUGGAGUUGUUUUUUCUUUAGCUGGGAACGCUCUCGUUACGCGGAAACCAUUGCAAGUGGCUGUUCCGGUGCUGGAGGUAGCGGAUGUUGGGACAACAUUCACUGCCGCAGAAAGGCUAGGAGAAGGUCACGACGAUCGCAAACUACUAGUGGCUGUUCCGCCGCGCUGGUCGGUGGUGCUGCUAUGGAAACGUCUCAUCUGGUGACGGAAUUUAUUACACACACCGGUGCCAAUGCACAAGACGCCGUAAGCUGCCUGAGUUCGUGGGAUUGGGAUCUGAAGAAGGCACUCAUCGAUUAUAAUGACACAUCGACGACCGAGUAUUUCAACAGCAAACAAACGGACAAUGAGAUAUUAAUGAAAGCGCAUACUAGUACAUCGUCACCACUUCCACCACUAACGGCUACUGCAGCAACGGCAGUGCUUUUACAACAGCAACAUCACCAUAAACAACAACAACAACAGCAGCAGUUGCAACAUCAUUUGUCAUCAUCUCCAUUCGCUAGCUGUUCAUCAUAUAGCAAUCAACCUCAUACCAACAAUGGCAGUGCAAGUCUUCACCAUCCGCCGGCAGGACCACGAUCCAGUACGAAUAGUAGCAGCAGCAGUGGGGGCGAUUACGGAUCAUCCUCGAACCGUCACUGCCAUCCUGCCGUUGGUAUGGGCCAGAGUCGAAAUGGAACACUAAGCCUGCUCAAGCCAACGCUCACCAAAACCGACUCGAUUGACAUUUUUGACUGCAAGAAACUGGAACGCGGCAUCUCUCGUGCAACGGAAAAUGUGAAUCUGGUAUCACGGGCACGGCAGGAGUUUGAGAUGGACUUUCACACUCAUUGCCACGAACAGAACGAAAAGAAUCUAAACUUCAUUGACACACCUGACUACACUUUUACGCUACCGGAUCUGACAAAAUACUCGGAGGAAUUUCGGAAAUUUCUCGAAAAGGACCUCAUCGAAAGCUCCACACUCAACUCACUGGAAGCCACGAAUCGAUUGAACUGGUGGUAUGACUCGGGUGUUUGUCGGAAGCUGUGGCCACUGGCUACCACAGGUGAUGGCAACUGUUUGCUGCAUGCGGCUUCCUUGGCCAUGUGGGGCUUCCAUGAUCGGCGAUUGACGUUACGACGCACCUUACAUGAUAUUCUCUCGAAGGAAGAAUUUCGGGACGCCCUCUACAGGCGGUGGCGUUUUCAGCAGACUCGUCUCAACAAACAGGCCGGUUUUGUUUUCUGUGAAACCGAGUGGGCUAAAGAAUGGGAGGAGAUUGUGGCAAUCGCUUCGCCGGAACCACGGCGUAACUCGAAAUGUGCCUCGCGAAGACGUUCGCUGCUAAUCGAGAAGAAUCUGGACGGACCGUCGGGUGGAACGGAUGACGAGAGCGCUACAUAUGAAAGUUUGGAAGAGAUUCAUGUGCUUGCAUUGGCACAUAUUUUGCGGCGCACGAUCAUCGUGGUUUCGGAUGUGUUCUUGCGGGAUAUGAACGGAGAAGCGUUUUCGCCUAUUCCGUUUGGUGGUGUGUAUUUACCAUUCGAGGUACCCUCAAAUGAGUGCCAUAGAGCACCUUUACUGUUGGCUUACGAUAUGGCCCACUUUUCGGCAUUGGUAGCAAUGGAAACGGUGGGAGACUACCCACCAGCAUUGGUUCCACUAGUGGAUGCUAGUAAUCAGCUGUUAACUAUUCAGUUCUGUAUAGAUCCGGGGAACGAUUUCAACUGGCGACAGUACGACGGUAGUGAUGGGAAUUGGGUGUUGACGGAUAGAGAGCAUGUGGCAUUAUUGAAGGAAUAUUUGGAUAUUGUGUAUGCACCAGCAGCUGAUAGUCCCGAUGAUGAAAUAUAUGACGAUUACUCAGAUGAGGAGUACGAGAAAAAAAUAGCGGAUGGAGAAAUAGUGUUUGCCGAUGAGAAUCAUAACAGCGGGACAAGCACGACCAAUUUAGCUGCAAUGACAGCUUCGAAUCAGUCACUUCCUCCGUUUUCACCAAGUGUUUCGGGGGGUAGUGGCACGAGUGGGAAAAGUAAGGCUGCCAAGCAAUUACAAAGUGUGGCCAAACAAUUCGGAAGCAUUGGAAAAAGUAUGAGUAAGAAACUGAAGAAGAAUAUCGGAUCCAUAACGAGGAUCGGUAGUAAAAGUGGGCAACAUAAAAAGUCAAGCAUUUCUUUUGAUAAAUCAUCACGAGGAGAAUAUCCAAAGUUUAGAAUUCUAUGUGCCACCUUGAAGGCACGAAGACACGAGUACCAAGAAGAGAUGAUUAAAAACUAUUUGGAGUGUGCCCAGGAGCGAUAUCUAGAGGGAGAACGAUUACGUGAACGAAAGGAACUGGAGAAACUUAACAAAUACGUCGAUCCGGGCCAGGAUGUUUGCGAUUAUGAAGCAGACAAUGGAACAGACCUGGUCAACUGCAUCAACGCAGGCUGUCUGAACUAUGGCACCGUGGCUACCAGCUACAUGUGCUUGGAAUGCUACGAAACGCAGCGAAAGCGAGAAUCUCAAAGUUGUAAUGUGAACGAUUUUAUGCCACGUUACGGAACGGGAAAAUCAAAGUUUUAUACCGAAGCAGAUAUGGAGAGUCACGAUCGUAUCCAACAGCUACCUUCUGUUCGGAGGCUUAAUGAGAUGGAUCAAACUCUUUAUCUGUCGCGAUCCACUUUCUACAAUGACAAACGAGCGUUUCCGAUCAGUACUUCUACUGGUCAGUCCGGUAAUCACAGUCAUGGAUUCAGUCCUACGGAACGCAUCCAACCAUCGCCAUUAUCGAAGAAUGGUCCUUCUAUGGACUUCUCCAACUUUGCCAAACAGGCCACGGCAACAUCGGGUGGCAUUGUUGCCACGGUGUAUUCUCCGGGGAACACUAUUUUGAACCGAGCCCCAGCAGGAAUGUGUGUUACACUUCCGCCACCAAUGGUUAGUCCCGUCUUGCAACAGCAACAACAUCAGCAACUUCCCAGUGCAUCUUCUUCGUCGGGAAUGUCGUCGUCUUCGUCUUCGGGUUCAAACACGUCGGAAACAACGUUACAACGACAACCGGCAACGGCUUCGACGGAGGUCGCUCUCACCAGUAGUCACUAUGGGAAAAAUCAAAUGUGUCGAACGGACGGCUGCAAGUUCUAUGGGAGCAUCAAUACGAAUUUCUACUGUUCCAAGUGCUGUCAGGAAUACAACAUCUGAAAGAGCAGCUGAUGGCAAAGUGAAACAUUGUAAAUAGUCCGGAGGCAAGUAAGCGCGUUGUUAUUAUAUAAACUCAUAAACUCACAUACAAGAUCACCAACUAAUAUUACCAUGAGAGAAAUAACGAUUCGAGUGAGAACACAGAAACGAAUAAUAUUUUUUCUUGUGUCUAAUAUAAUUUAUUUCGGUAGUGUGAUUUCAUUAUAGAAUUUUAUUAUAAAAGUGUUUGCUAGCGUUACAAAAUAGAAUGACGUACGUUGUCAAUACUGUGUUUAUUUAUUACCAAUUUGUUAAGAAAUGGAAUAAACUUGAAAAAAGUCCCCCGUUGUUCAGUUAUUCUAUAGUUCUAAAAUAUUGUAUCCAAGAAAUUGAACGGUAAAUUUACGUUAUUGAAAGUUUUUCAAAUGAAUCAAAUCUAAUGUAACUGGUUUCAUCUAUGUAUUCUCAGUCCUAUGGAUAAAAAAUAUGUGCCCUUAAAUGGGGUACUUUUGUACAGAUAUCAUAACCAACAGAAAAUUAAAGUCACUAAACCAAAAACAAAGCGCAUGCGCUAUUCUACUAGCUUAACAUUCUCGAAAUUGCUUUUAAGACGCAUUUCCCAAAAAGUUGCUAUGUUGUAAAUGAUGCGAAACAUAUCUAAUGAAUGGAAAAAGAUUCAAAAGUGAGCCAAAUAAAAAAAUAAUAACGAAAACGCUUUGAUGCUUGAAGGGUGAAUAGAAGUAUACUGAAACCAAAACAAAAAAAAAACAAUCGUGAGCAGGCCCGUGCACAGGGGGGGGGUUUUGGGGGUUUUAACCCCCCCCCAUGAAGAAUUUUUUUUAAAUUAAGUUUCAUAAACAAUGGAGUACUUAUUAUAAUAAAGUGCAAAUAACUUGACAAUUCAUAUUUUUUUAUCAAUUUUUUAUCAAUUUAUAAACUGACAUAAUUUGAAACCCCUCCCCCCCCGCGCACGAUCCUGUCAGAAUUCGUUUUACAUUUUUGGACACCCCCCUCUCCUCUUGAAACCCCCCCCAUGGAUGAUUCCUGCGCACGGGCCUGAUCGUGAGAACAGUUAAAAUAUAAGUUGAAGAUGAACGGAUCAGUUUUUAUACGCGUUUUGAUGAAAGCUAACGGAUAUGAUUUUAGUUGUGCCUUUUAAUUUUUCAUGUCUAGUAAUUCUCAGCUGGUAAGGGUAAGACGGAGUGUAGUUUGCGAGUCACGCAUUUUGUGCUUGCUCGUAAAUGUUCUCAAAAAAAAAAAACAAGUUAAAAAAUGCCAAAAAAGUACCCACGAUUUCGCUGAGCACUUUUAUUUUCCUGAUGUUCAUGUAACGACAGAGUGAGAGAGUAAUGGAACCGGAUAAAUACAUUUGUUUUGGAGGAACCGGCUAAGUUUUUGUCCGGUUUUUGCAUUCAAAAAUAUUUUGUCCGAUUCUUGCAGAAAAGAUAGUUUUAAACAAUUCUUGCAUUGCAAAAUCCAAGUCCGGUUUUUGUUCUCAAUGUUUUUAUCCGAUUUUUGCAUUCAAAAAUACUUAAACGGGUUUUUCAAACUAAGUUUCACUUCUCCGAGUUUUGCUUUCAGUCGUUCAAGUGGAAAUAGUUUUCACAAUUUGAGGGGCUGGGUCUUCGUGUUUGGGGCUUAAAACACGAGGGGCCCAGUGUAAUCGGUGUACAUUCAAAUGGCUGGUGCUAACAUACCGAUUUUAUAUCCGGUGGACAUAACAAUGAUAAUAUGGUUGGAAUUUAUCUUUUUUUAUUUGAGUUCUACCUCUGGCGAUUCUACAGAACAAAAUUUCCAUUAGUUACGUUAAUACUAAAUGCUAAUAAUUCGUUUUGCACCGAAGUGCAACGUAUUGACUGACGAGCCGAACGAAAGCAAGUGACAACUUUAUGUCCAUCGCCAGAUAGUAGUCAUUUUGGGGGUUUCGGUACCACGUUGGAACCGAUUUGUGCUUAGUGAACAUGACUUUUUUUUAACUCAUCCUUUAUAAAUUAAUUGAAUUUAUCGACAGUCCCAAUUUUUAAGAGUAUCCGGUAGGAUCUUCUUCCAAUAUUCUCGAACUUGGAUUUAGGAUUUUUUAACAUGUGUACGUUGUCAAACCGUAUUUAGUUUUUGUGAACGCGACGUGUGACGAUAGACUCCAGACUUCCGAUGUGAUUCAGAUUCGGAAAACAAGCUGGUCACACCAGAACUUGGUGGUUUCAGUAUCUCCAAAACCCUUCUCCCCCUCCUACGCACGGGCAUGAAUGUCAACAGUUUUUCGUUCCAAUAAAUGUAUUUCUUUGCAAAAUUGAAACGUUUUAUCUCAUGCUAUCUCAGUCUCUUACUGGUGGCUCUAUAUCGUCAGAUAACGGGUAUUUUUGAACUGCGCAAUAGUCUCGAAACAGUCAUUUGCGAAAUUGAAAACUAUCGAUACAAUUAGUACACAAAUCGGAGAAAUGGAACAAGUGGAACAGCAGCAAGCUGUAGCUCGACUGAUUAUCAACAGUAGCAUCCCUUUUCCGGAACCGUUGAAAAUAAACAGAAACCUCCGGGAAAAUGUCAAUAUAUGGAAGGAUGAGUUCGAAACGUAUCUUAUCGCAUCAUGAGUUGAGCAGCUGGACGAACAAAUCAAAUUGGCGAAUGCAAAAGUUUUUACAACUGUCGAUGCCAGGUCGGGUUUUUGGCAGGUGUUUCUCGACGAAGAAAGUACGAAAUUAACAACUUGUUGGGCACCAUUUGGUCGUUUCAAAUGGCUUCGUAUUCCUAUGGGAAUAGCUCAAGCACCCGAGAUUUUUCAGUUAAAAGCGCACGAAGCAAUACAAGGACUGCGAAACGUACGAGCACUAAAGGAUGACUUCAUGAUUUUCGGUUGUGGUGAUAUCGUAGCGGUAGCAAUGGUUGUUCAUAAUCAAAAACUACAAGAUUUUCUGCGACGAAUGGAGGAAAAAAAUUUAAGGCUCAAUCCAGAAUGCCAAGAUAGCGUGAGAUUUUUUGGUCAUAUUCUAACGUCAUCAGGUAUUAAACCAGGUCCGUGGAAAUGGCGAAAUCAACAGACGUAUCUUCCAUGCAACGUUUUCUUGGAAUGAUAACAUACCUAGCUCGGUAUUUUCCAAGCCUCUGCUCGGUAGCCGAACCUUUGCGAAGACUGGCGUACCAGAAAGAACCAUGGGUUCGGUCAAGUGAACAAGAAGAAGCCUUCGUUAUUUUGACUCCAAUAAAGACAGCGUUAGCAGCGUGGGACUCGGUGCUGUGCUCCUUCAAGAAGGGCAGCCAGUCGUCUACGCGUCAAGGAAAGCCUUAGUGCUACUGAGCGUCGCUAUGCACAAAUCGAGAAAGAAACCUUGGCGAUCUUGUUUGCUUGUCGCAGAUUCGAAAUAUACAUUCUCGGCAAACCUGUUGUGGUACAAACUGAUCGCCAACCACUUAUCAAAAUCUUUCAAAAAUCGUUGACUGAAGCACCACUAAGAAUCCAAAGAAUGAUGUUGAGUUUACAGCGGUCCCAGAUAGCUUUGAGGUUCACUCCAGGUAAAGAGGUCAUCAUAGCUUAAGCAGUGUGCCUAAAAAUAUAUUAUAUUAUUGAAAAAAGAGGUCAUCAUAGCAGAUAUUUUGUCAAGAGCAACCAUUACACUGAGUGAUGUAGGCAACUGUGAUAAAUCUAUGCACUAGACGUAGAGCAUAUAAUCAUCACGGAACAUCUACCCAUAUUGCACAAACGAAUGGAUGGAAUACGAUCAGAAUCCCAACAAGAUCCGGAAAUGCAAGUGAUUGCCGGCUUCAUUAUCAACGCCAGAAAGAUACGAAGAAGUGCCAGCAAACAUGCAAAUAUAGUGGAAGUACAAACACGAACUAAGCACCGUGAAUGGACUAGUUUUGCGCAACGAUCGGAUUCUGAUUCCUCGAAAUUUCCGAAAGGAAAUUCUUGAAAAGUUACAUCGAUCUCAUUCGGGCAUCGAAGCCACCACUAAACUUGCUCGAGACACAGUGUUUUGGCUCGGAAUAAAUGAUCAGAUAAAGCAGCAUGUUCAACAUUGCGAUACUUGCGCUAAAUAUUCCCAAAAUCAACAAUCACAGCCUAUGUAGACUCACUAGAUCCCGUUGUACCCGUACCAGAAAGUUUCAAUGGACAUCUGUGAGCAUCAAACUGGUAGUCAGAAGCAUGUAUAUCUUAUUACAGUAGACCAUUACUAAGAUUAUUUUGACAUUGAUGAAUUGAAUACUCAAAGCUUAGCAGCAAUUAUUCGUAUAUGUAAGCGUAAUUUCGCUAGAUUUCGGAAACCACAGGAAGUGAGUAGCGAUGGAGGUUCCCAGUUCAUGAGUGAAGAGUUUGGGCAUUUUUCCAAGGUUUGGAGAUUCAAGCACAAUGUAGCUCCGUACCAUCUACAGGCGAACGGGAAAGCCGAGUCGGCGGUAAAAAAAGCGUUAAAAAAGCGAAUGAUUCGAGCCAAGACUUCUGGGAAUUACUCCUUCAAUGGCGAACUACCCCGAAAACAGAAAGCUCCCCUGCACAAAGACUCUUUAAUCGGCGAAUUCGCUGUGGUAUUCCAAUGAUUGACAAAAAAUACUUGCCAAAAAUUGUGGAAGGAGUGAUAGAGCAAAUCAGAAACAAUCGACAACAAGCAAAAUUAUAUUAUGAUCGUAAGGCGCGAUCUCUUCCACAGCUUGAGACAGGGCAGCCUGUUUUUGUAAAACUGAAGCCAACGGAUAAGGAAUGGCAACCAGAAUCGGUAGUAGUACCGGUGAAUGACUGUUCCACGAUCGUAGAUGUAGAGGGUCGUGAAUAUCAUUGCGACAACACAAUGUUGAAUCAAGUUCCGGCCGGACCCUCACAAACGAAACAAGCCAAAACGACGUGCUGCGAUUCAGGAACGCUGCAGCCUGUCACAUUCAGCAAAUCACCAGGGAACGUGCGUUCAGAAUAUAAUGAACGUACACGCACAAAACGUGCUAUCUAAACACCGAAAAAGUUAUCUUGAUAAUCAAUUGUUUUAGAAGAUAGGGCCAUACAGAUCUGAAUGAAAAAGAAGGAGAUGUUUCACGAUUAUCACACGUUUGUAUCAAUACUACUUUUGCAAUUAAUUACCUUUACCUUUAUUUUAUACCAUAUUGUAACCAGGUCCGUACCUAGGAUUUAGAAGAUUACUUAUGCACCUAAUUUUCGGUGUGCCUUUUACGGGUGUUUUUAACAGACACUUUAAAUUUUUCCACUGUAAUUGUUAUUGUAUUACAUUUCUUUACGUUUACCGUCUUGUUAUAUCUGUAACACAUGGCUGAGACCUUCUUAAUAAUUAUAUAUCUGUUCUUGAACAAUUUGACAAAAACACCUGCACUACAAGUGAACAAAAUGUGAUCUUCACAGUAAAUAAGUUCAUCGUAUAAACACAAACCUCUCGUGGAUGUUUUCUGUAACGCUUAAAUUAGGAACAGAUUCGUAAACAUGUAGCUCCUAGAAUCAACAUUUCUUUUCCUUCUUAUGAAGCAAUGUAUAAAUCACGUUCAUAAUUUAAGUGCAGCAAAAAUUUUCUGUUAAUUCGUUGGCAUGAAGUUUGAAAAUUUCACACAUUUCCUUUUUAAGUUUAUAUUUAAAGGGAAUCGAAAAAACGAACAACGGUAAACGUUCUUAUCGAAACGAUUCUUGAAAAAAUUAGCAACACACUUCAUUUUUAUUUAUUACAUUUUUACUCUUAUAGAAACCCAAACCGAACACUGACGAGAAUUCGUUUUCGAAUUCAAAAUUAAAGUCAUUGAAGUUCAGCAAAUUAACCUGGUUGCAAAAAGUAAAUAACAGAAAGAUCGUGCAGUUGUAGGGGCCCAGUUUGACGAAUAUUCUCUCUGCGUGACAUUAACUAUAACAGGGAAUCUAAUCUUGCUUUGUUCGGACUUUUGUGUGUGGCUGUACUUUUUUCAUUUCGCACGUUUGAAUUGAGUUUUUUUUUUGCAAUUUCCUACAUAAAUUCAUUUCUAUACCUCAAUGCUAAGGAAAAUAUAGUGAUAAAACAGGGUGGUGCUAUUUUUUUCGCUCAGUUUAGAUUAUCACCCCGAUUCUGAACUUCGUUCGUUCGAUUGCACUUUUGUGGAACUAAUAUGAUACUGCUUCUUAAAGCUGCAGCGAAAAUAUUGUACCCGAUCGUAUCACAAUUCGUUAAAAAAAUAACGUGGUGACACUACUGAUGAAAUGACCAUUGGAACAAUAACCCUUGUUGUUGCUGGAUAUAAUAAUUCGAUUGUAAACAUCAAAUUGCUAAUUUCGAAAUUAUUAUCUUACAACAUUUUAUAAAGCUGGUUUACGUAAGUGUGAUCAUUGAGGAAAAUUUGUAGCAUUUAUGAAAAUAUUACAAAUAAAAUUGAGUGCAACACUUGAGUUUGAUGCUCAAAUUUCUUUCAUAAAAUCAAAUCUUAUUAUUGUUUAUC